AUGCAAUUUAAUCAGCAAAAGAAGGAUCAAGUGUUGGCCACCAGCGCACUUAAGGAUGCAAUGGGUGCUGAGAUGAAGAAUCGUCCUGUGCCUGUAUACGUCAAGAUGAUGGCUGGUAUGGCUGGUGGGAUGGCCGAAGCUUGCAUUUUACAGCCAUUAGACGUGACCAAGACAAGGCUGCAAUUGGACCGUAAAGGUCAAUACAAGGGCAUGAUGCAUUGUAGCAAGACGAUAUACAAGACAGAAGGUGGGCUUGCACUCUACAAGGGCCUCUCACCAUUUGUUACAAACAUGGUGCUUAAAUACGCUCUACGGUUUGGUUCAUUCACGUGGUUUAAAGAGCAAAUUGCUGGUGGAAAAGACAAACCAAUUACUCCGACGAUUAACUUUACAGCUGGACUAUUAGCUGGUUGUAUUGAGUCAAUCUUUAUUGUCACGCCCUUUGAAGUCAUUAAGACUCGAAUGCAAAAAGAAGUUGGUGUUGGUCGAUUCAGUGGACCCAUUGACUGCACACGUCACGUUGUCCGUAAUGAAGGCAUUCGUGCACUUUGGAAAGGCAAUGUUCCUACUAUGGCUCGUCAAGGCAGUAAUCAGGCCUUUAACUUUAUGGCCUUUGCAUGGCUCAACCACAAUGUGUGGGACAAACAGGAUGGUGAUGGCAAGACGUUGCCUACAUAUGCUACAUUCAUUAACGGCCUCAUUGCUGGCUCACUUGGACCUAUGCUCAAUACGCCCAUGGAUGUGCUGAAGACGAGACUUAUGGGACAGGAAACGGUUGCUGGCCAGGAACUCAAGUACAAGGGUUUCUUUGAUGCCUUGAAGGUCAUUGCUAGAGAAGAAGGUGUCAGUGCUUUGUGGAAGGGGCUGCUGCCACGUCUUACGAAGAUGGCACCCGGCCAGGCCAUUACGUGGUCGGUCGUCAUGCGCGUAACCUCAAUUUUUGAAAACCAAGAGCUGGAUAUUGCGGAGAACAAGAUUAAACUUUAG